GGGCGGGGCGGGGCGGGUGCGCGGGCGAGGCGGGCCAGCCGCCCGCCGGUUGUUGUAGUAACGGGGAAGCGGCGGGAGGGGCUGCGGCUGCCGGGCCGCCGUGUCCCGCCCGCGGCGGGCGAUGCGGGAGCAGGUAACUGCCCUUGCAGGAUCCCUUGAAUCUGCAGGAAGGAGUCGGAGAGGCUGCUGUGGCCAGGCUGUAUGAAAGCUCUCAGAGGAGAUGUCAGUUGGGAUGGCUCGAGACCUGGAGGAAACUGGCUCGUCCUCGGAGGAGGAGGAAGCUUUAAAUGGACUGGAGGAUCAUCCGUGUAUCAAGUGGACUGGUGGUGGCUGCAGGAGAAUCCCUGUCUUGGUGUUUCACGCUGAAGCCAUUCUGACCAACGACAGCUACCUCCGCCUAAUUGGAGAGCGCUACCACUUAUCCUAUAAGAUUGUGCGAACAGACAGCCGUCUGGUUCGAAGCAUUCUGACUGCCCAUGGAUUCCAUGAGGUGCACCCUAAUAGCAGCGAUUAUAAUCUCAUGUGGACAGGAUCACACUUGAAGCCCUACUUGCUGCGUUCCCUUACGGAUAUUCAGAAAGUCAAUCAUUUCCCUAGGUCAUAUGAACUGACACGGAAGGACAGACUAUACAAGAACGUCAGUCGUAUGCAGUUGGCCCAUGGAUUCAAGACGUUCCAUAUCUUACCUCAGACCUUUAUCCUCCCAACGGAGUACCAGGACUUCUGCAAUACCUAUUCUAAGGACCGAGGCCCAUGGAUAGUGAAGCCCGUUGCCUCUUCCAGGGGUCGAGGUGUCUACCUGAUAAACAGUCCAAACCAGAUUGUCCUGGAAGACAACAUCCUGGUUUCUCGUUACAUCAGCAACCCCCUGCUCAUAGAUGAUUUCAAAUUCGAUGUGCGCCUCUAUGUUCUGGUUACAUCCUAUGAUCCACUUGUCAUCUAUCUCUACGAGGAAGGAUUGGCCAGAUUCGCAACAGUGAGGUAUGACCAGGCAUCCAAGAACAUUAAAAACCAGUUCAUGCAUCUGACCAAUUACAGCGUCAACAAGAAGAGUGGAGAUUACGUCAGCUGUGAUGAUCCUGAAGUAGAGGAUUAUGGAAACAAGUGGAGCAUGAGUGCAAUGCUGAGGUACUUAAAACAAGAGGGGAGAGACACUGCAGCACUGAUGGCCAGCGUGGAGGACCUGAUUAUCAAGACUGUAGUUUCUGCUGAGCUGGCCAUUGCCACAGCUUGUAAAACCUUUCUUUCACAUCGUGGCAGCUGCUUUGAGCUGUAUGGUUUUGAUGUCCUUAUUGACGACACUCUCAAGCCCUGGCUGUUGGAAGUGAACCUAUCCCCGUCAUUGGCUUGUGAUGCUCCUUUGGACCUGAAGAUCAAAGCUAGCAUGCUCUCCGAUAUGUUCACUCUUGUAGGCUUCGUGUGCCAGGAUCCAGGCCAGCGGUCAAGUCGGGCCAUUUAUCAUUCAUCUGAAUCUGUCAGGAGAAAUCCGUACCAGAAGCUGCAGCGUCCUGUGUCUGCGCAGUCACAAACAGCAAACGCCAGAUUGCGUACUCGUCCUCUGUCUGCCAGUGAUGCUGAAAUUAAAAACCCAGUGCCCUCAGGCAGGGAAAAAGCAACAGGAAGGCAAGGCAGCUCUGUGCUAGGUCUCUCCAUGGAGGAGAUAAAAGUUCUUCGUCGAGUGAGAGAGGAGAAUGAACGGAGGGGAGGCUUCAUCCGGAUAUUCCCCACCCCAUUAACGUGGGACCUUUAUGGAUCCUUUUUAGAGCACAAGACAUCAAUGAACUACAUGCUGGCUACACGUCUGUUUCAGGACAGGAGCAAGAUGAAAAGAGACUUUGUCACUGGGAGAUCCCGAGCAGGUCUUAAUGGAAGGCUGGAUAUGAGGCUGGAAGCUGUAGACUCUCAUGCUCUCUUUUAUGAGAGAAAGCUUGUUUCGCUGGAGUUACGGAAGCGCCGGCGAUGUCAUGGCAAGACUAGAGCAGCACGGGCAAGAUCAUCAGGGACAUCAGAAACAACAAAACUGUCCCUCAAAUCAGACACAGAAGGUGAGGAGGAAGAGGCAGUAGAUGCAGAUGCAGAUGAAGAGCUGGAUAGAACUGUGGGCUCUCUUUCGGACACCCAGGUGAAAAGCAAAGCAAAGCUCUCUGACUUGGUGAAAACUACUCGUAAGGAGAGGUUGCCAAAAAAACUUGACAAGAAAACUGAAGAUGGAGGAGAGCCGUUGCUUCAAAAAAAAGACUCAGAAUCUCAGUUUAACUUGCUGCAAAUUCUUCAAAAGCAUGGAAACCUGAGCAAAGUGCAAGCUCGCAGGGCUUUCUCUGCCUAUUUACAGCACGUUCAGUUGCGACUGAUGAAGGAGGCUGGUGACCAGAUCCAGAAUCCUGCCUGGGCUGCCAAAGAGGAUGAGCAAAUGGAGCUUGUGGUGCGCUUUCUGAAACGAGCUGCCAGCAAUCUCCAGCAGUCCUUGAGGAUGCUUCUCCCCAGCCGUCGUUUAGGACUAAAUGAUCGUCGUCGUAUCCUGGCUCACCAGCUGGGCGAGUUCAUAAUCUGUUAUAACAAGGAAACAGAGCAGAUGGUUCAGAAGCGAUCAAAAAAGAAACAGGAAGAGGAGGAGGAGGGAGUGAAUCCUGAAGGUUUUCAGAACUUUAUUACCAGAGCAAGUGAAAGUGACCUGGAAGAAGUGCUGACAUUUUACACACACAGAAACAAGUCAGCAAGUGUCUUCCUAGGAGCAAAUUCCACAAGCACAAACCCCAGCAACACCAGUAACCAGUCAGAGAAACAGCUUCAAGGUGAGCAUCCUGAGGUGGUGAAAAAAAUAAAAGGUGAUCAGCCCAAAAGUUCAGUUGCAGGUCUGCCUGCAGAAGGAGCAUUAAAAGGCUAUAAACCCAAAGAAGUAAAAACAACCUUUCCAGAAGGAUCCACCUUCUCCUUAAAUGCUGAAGUGAAAUUACCUCGGUGCAGUGCUCCUAGUGCUUCUUCCUCUGUUUCUGGUGCCACAUUCCAGAGAAGUACCAGAUCCUGGAUACCAUCUCCGCCUGCAGCCUCUGAAAAUUCACAGGUGCCUGGUCACCAUUCAUUGCCGGCUCCUCCAGUGGGUUCCAGGCCGAUUCAGUCCUCAUCCCCACUGCCCUCCUCACAGAGCACAGCUCCUGACAGCUGCUCUGUUUCCACAAACCCAGUGUCCAGUGAUACUUCUAGCCUUGCAGGGUUACGCCAUUGUCAUUCUGGUAGCUACACCAUUGGCCCGUUCUCAUCUUUUCAGAGAGCUGUUCAGAUCUACAGCCAAAGGUUGUGCCGACCAUCCUCUGCAAAAGUAGGUUUGUGCCAUCGCAGCCCAAGUGGGCAGGGCGUGGGCUCAGCCAGGAUGCACAAAGAUGCAGAAGAUACUUCUUCCCAGGGCAAACGUUAUAGCCCCAGUGUAGUAGCAGCAGAACUGCAGCAGCUGGCCGAAAAGCAAGCAGCCUGUCAGUAUUCCCCACCAAGCCACAUCAGUCUCCUUACACAGCAGUUAACAAACCUGACCUGGGGAAGUGGAGCUAUAAGCAAGGGGAAUGCAGCCAUCCCACAGAGCUACCGGUCACCACUCAACAAAAGAGGGUCAUUGUGGGCUGUUCAGUCAGAUGCUCAUAUAGCUGACAAACGAUCUGUCUCUUCAUCAGUCAGGGCUCCAGAAAGUCAUCAUUUUGCCCGGGAAGGAGAGAUGGAGAACAGUGUCUACAACAAGGUGACACGAAGUCCACUGCCACAUCCCAACUAUCAGCUCCAUUUUGCUGUGCAGCAGCUUCAGCAGCAGAAACUUCAGUCACAACAGCUGUUGGAGCAAAGCCAAGUCCGGCACCAGGCUCUCUUUGCCAACUACUCACAGUCCAGUACCAGCCAUAUAUCUGUGCCAGCUGGCUCUGAUGCCCACAAGACAUCUAGUGCCACUUCUAGUAUCCAGAAGGCAGCCAGUUUGCACAAAGUGAUGCCAUCCCGGAGUACGCCUUCUCAGCUGGUUCCAAAGCCUCCACCAAACAGCAGGCAGGCAGUGGUCGGAAAGGCUGCAGCCCAGAGGAUUUCCAAGGUGACCUCCACUGAAAGGCAACUGAACGGAUUCCAGAACAGCCUUCACAGUGCUGCAUCCUGUGAGCCAGGGACAAAUUCCACAGCCUCGGCUCGUAGAGAAGGACUGACACUGAACACCAGGUGAGGAAUCCAGAAUGUUGCUUCAAGUGUGGGGCAGAGGAAGAAGCAGCAGUGACUUCAUACUGCCACACUCCCGUAACACCCAGGAAAGCGUAGAAAGGAGGCCCUGGAAAGAGGACAACCCACUGAGGGGAGUACCUGGACAUCUGUGGAAGCUGGUGAUACGCCUGCAAGCUGAGGUGAAUGAUUGCCUCUGAGCGCUUCUGCUGCUGACUCUUGGAGUCCCUUCCUUCCACCUCUUCCUGAUCACUAAACCAUGAGAUCUUCCUGUAAGACGGAGCUUCUCUAGCUGUCUGUAUUAUUCUUCCUAAGGUCCAAAUUUGAACGUAGUCUUAUUUGCUCAGCCGUUUCAGUCUGUCCCAGCCUGCUAACAGCCAAGAUUCUCUGCUGUCAUUGCAUGGCAACCAUCAGCAGAGAAAAAUAUUAGAACAUAUGACUGGAGACAUCUUUGUUGGUUGCCAUCUUGCAUUUUGGCACAGAGCCAUAGAAAUUAUUGGUUUUAAUAAAGUCAUUUCAUUUGUUUGUUUUGGUUAUAAUUUCAGUUAUUAAUUCACACCCCCAAAAUAUUUGCUGUCAUUAUAUUGGACAGGAUUUGAAAUCAGUCUUUAUGUUUCACUGUUGGAUGCUUAUGUUCUGUGUGGCUUAUUUUUGUAUUUUGAUUGCUGUUUGUUUAGGCUUUAUAAACUUUUUUUUAAUUGGCUGAUGUUUUCAGACCCAAGCAUGAACCCUAAGGCCCAGGUGGCUCCUGUCAUUUGCAAUAGUGGCUUGGUGAAGCACUCCAGUUAAAUUUUGCCUAAUGCUAUGAAAAUUAAUUUGCUUGUGUUAGAAAACAACAUCAGCAGCUGGGAAAUGUAUUGGAGAGAAGAUCCACCCAUCCUUAAAACGAACAGGAAGCAGCUUCAGCUCUGGCUCUUUGUCGGUGCCAGGUUAAAGGAAAAUUCAGUAUUUUGCAGCUCCUGCCUUGUCAAACAGCAAGUGGUACGGUUGUAAUUCUUAAAGGGCACAAAAUCUCCUGUUGGUUGUAUCAGAGCCCUCAGAAAUUUGAUUCUAACAGACUGAUUGAUCUGUUUUCAUGCUCCACAGCUCCCCUGUCAUUUCUAGCCUGUAUAGUCAGUGUUGAGAGGUUGUUCUUAUGUGUUGGCAAGUAGAUAAUGAUCAACCCAAAUGGCUGACAGAAGAAACAGAGUCAGAGGGGGAAAGUGUUUUUUCUUGAAAUGAUUGUGUUCAUAUUCACUCUUGGAUUGUGCAUAUUUUCUGGUUUUCAAGACCAGAUAAAUUGUGAGAAGAUGAAAAAGUUAUGCUCAUA